GGAGCCACGCAUGCGUGACUGCGAACAGGACGCAUGCGCCUCCAGAGGCACGAAACAUGCGCCGAGGGGCGUUUUCCGUUCCCAGGCGUUUGGAGUCUGUGGCCCGGAGAAAGGGAAGGAAAAAUAAUGAAUUCUGACUUAGUGCAUAGUGUAGUAGGAAGCUAUCUUAAACCUCCAGAAAGAAUGUUUGUUUCAUCAUUCACCCAGAAUGAAUCAUCUCAGAAUCGCCAACCUAUGAACUUAGAAGUUACUCCUUCUAAAGUGUUUCAUAGCCCAAAUAGCCAAGCUCUUAUUUUAGCCUUAAAAACUCUUCAGGAAAAAAUUCAUCGUUUAGAACUAGAGAGAACACAAGCUGAAGAUAACUUGAACCUUCUUUCCAGAGAAGCGGCACAAUAUAAGAAGGCCUUGGAAAAUGAAACAAAUGAGAGAAAUCUGGCACAUCAGGAACUGAUAAAGCAGAAAAAAGAAAUAAGUGUACAGUUAAGCUCAGCCCAGUCUCGUUGUACCCUUCUGGAGAAACAACUAGAAUAUACAAAGAGAAUGGUUCUUAAUGUAGAGCGAGAAAAGAAUAUGAUCCUGGAACAACAGGCCCAGCUUCAAAGAGAAAAAGAACAAGAUCAGAUGAGGCUGCACGCAAAACUUGAAAAGCUCGAUGUCUUAGAAAAAGAGUGUUUCAGACUUACAACAACUCAGAAAACUGCUGAGGACAAGAUUAAACAUUUAGAGGAAAAACUUACAGAAGAAGAACAUCAACGUAAGCUAUUUCAAGAUAAAGCUUCUGAGCUUCAAACUGGACUUGAAAUCAAUAGAAUUUUAAUGUCUUCAGUUUCAAAUCCAAAACAUUCCAAGGAAAAGAAGAAAUCUUCAAAGAAAAUGAAAUGUUUAAAGAGAGGAGCACCUCAGCAAAUUUAUUCAAACUUUGGAGCACUGCCUUUUGUGUCUGAAAAGUCUUCCAGUGCAAGCUGCUCUGUGAAUGCGAGUGUGCAAAACCUUCUGCAGAUGAUGCAACGUUGUGGCCCACAUAUCCUUCAGAAACCUUCUGAAGUGACUGAGCCUAGAUGUCUCUACAAGCCUAUUAGAAAAACUUCUCAGUGUAAAGCUAUACCUUCUGACUCAGAAAAGUCCGUUUCCAUUUGUGACAAUUUAUCUGAACUUUUAAUGGCAUUGCAGGAUGAGCUGGACCAAAUGAGUGUGGAGCAUCAAGAAUUACUGAAACAAAUGAAGGAAACUGAAAGCUAUUCAGUCUGUGAUGACAUAGAAUGUGAACUAGAGCAUUUAGUCAAGAAAAUGGAAAUUAAAGGGGAACAAAUUUCCAAACUGAAGAAGCAUCAAGACAGUGUCCGUAAACUGCAGCAAAAAGUUCAAAACUCAAAGAUGAGUGAAGCUUCAGGUAAUUCCCAAAAAAUGUGUGUAGGAGAAAGUGGGUAAUUGUGGACCUUCUGGGGAGAAGGAGAACUGUGAUUCAUUCUAAUGGUGAGAAGAGGUGCCAUGUUAGAAGAUCUUUCCAUGCCUGGAAAUGGGGAGAGGACUGAAGAUGGGCAGAUUGAUACUUGGGAUUGUCCUGGAAAGUAAUUAGUGGCAGAGAUGAAAGUUUCUCUCCUUCUGGUUUAAAUAGUACAUGUGCCCUUUGCUGGCUUUUUUUUUCCUUUUAUUUUAUCAUAUUAUGGGGUUACAAAUAUUGUUAGGGUUACAUAUAUUGGCCCUGCCAUUCCUCCGCCCGCCCCCCGCUUUGCCAAAACAUCAAGCAGUCCAACCCCCAGGUGGUGCGACCGCACCUAUUUUGUAAGUAUAUAUCCUUCCCCUCCUUUGCCGGCUUUGACACCUCCUCCCCCAUAAGCUCCUUAGACCUGGAGAUGUUCCAGAGGGUGUUUCAUCUGAACUCAGUUUUAUCACCUUACCUAUUUUUCUACUGUGCCUUUCAUCCUUAAGGAUAUGAGUUUUAUAGUUUAAACUUAUCAAAAAACCCACCAGGACCAUAAUACAGCCCUAUAUUUCUGUGCCUUUGUUUCCUAUGCAUUUAGAAAGGGAACUGAAUAUAUUUAAUUUAUCAAUAAAGUCAUUACUUGUGAAGAUGUAUUGCUAAAAAUAAUUACCAUAAAAAAAUUUAAGUCACUUUAGGAACACUUGAAUAUUUCAAUUGAGAAUUCCCUCAGCAAAAGGGUUGACACUGAAAAACUCAAUAAACGUUUUUUGAAUCUGAGUAACAAAAAAGAAAUCGUUGUAGAACACAAGUUUGCGUGGUUUAAAGCCUAAAAAGCAAAGACCUAAAUAUAUUCUUAGUAAAAGUGGGAAGAUUCUAAUUUAUUUAGGUCCUUUUUUCUUUUUUCUUAUGUCUAAAGAGAAAUUGCUUUGGCUUCUUUCCUAACCCAGGUUUCUAAUGGGUAGAGGUAAAGAAUACAGUUCUACCAUGGUACAGAAAUAUACAUAGUUACGUACAGCAACCUGAUUUGGAGUCUGUUUUGGUUGCUGAGGUGACAUUUAUUAGUGAGGGACAAUAAAUAAUGGUGUCUUGGUGCUCCAUUACAGCAACUGAACUGAAAAUGUAUCUCUGCUGACAGACUGCAUGCUUGCCAAGGCCUUAGACUCUUCAGGGGGUGGAGCAAAAGAUUUCUUUCCUGGAUGGGGCAGUCUAUGGUCAGUGUACAAGAGUUGCUAUAGCAACUCCACAGCUGUGCUCUGCCUAGCAGAAACUUAGUAUGAUUUCAUUGAUUUUGUUCACUUAAGUAAAAA